CCGCCUCUUCCUCUCGGUCCCAUAUUGAACCCGAGUUGGAGGCGGCGAGUCCGGUCUCAAAAUGGAGGUAAAACAGCCGCCCGGCCGCCCCCAGCCCGACUCCGGCCGCCGUCGCCGCCGCCGGGGGGAGGAGGGUCAUGAUCCAAAGGAACCAGAGCAGUUGAGAAAACUGUUUAUUGGUGGCUUGAGCUUUGAAACUACGGAUGAUAGUUUAAGAGAACACUUUGAAAAAUGGGGCACUCUCACAGAUUGUGUGGUGAUGAGAGAUCCUCAAACAAAACGUUCCAGAGGCUUUGGCUUCGUGACUUAUUCUUGUGUAGAAGAGGUAGAUGCAGCAAUGUGUGCUCGGCCACAUAAGGUUGAUGGGCGUGUAGUGGAACCAAAGAGAGCCGUUUCUAGAGAGGAUUCUGUAAAACCUGGUGCACAUCUAACCGUGAAGAAAAUUUUUGUUGGUGGUAUUAAAGAAGAUACAGAAGAAUAUAAUUUAAGAGACUACUUUGAAAAGUAUGGCAAGAUCGAAACUAUAGAAGUUAUGGAAGAUCGACAGAGUGGAAAGAAGAGAGGAUUUGCUUUUGUAACUUUUGAUGAUCAUGAUACAGUUGACAAAAUUGUUGUUCAGAAAUAUCAUACUAUAAAUGGGCAUAACUGUGAAGUGAAAAAGGCCCUUUCAAAGCAAGAGAUGCAGUCUGCUGGCUCACAAAGAGGUCGUGGAGGUGGCUCAGGCAAUUUUAUGGGUCGAGGAGGAAACUUUGGAGGUGGAGGAGGAAACUUUGGCCGUGGAGGAAACUUUGGUGGAAGAGGUGGAUAUGGUGGUGGUGGUGGUGGUAGCAGAGGCAGUUAUGGAGGUGGAGAUGGUGGCUAUAAUGGAUUUGGUGGAGAUGGUGGCAACUAUGGAGGUGGUCCUGGCUACAGUAGUAGAGGGGGUUAUGGUGGUGGUGGUGGACCUGGAUACGGAAACCAAGGUGGUGGAUAUGGUGGUGGUGGAGGAGGAUAUGAUGGUUACAAUGAAGGAGGAAAUUUUGGUGGUGGUAACUACGGUGGCAGUGGGAACUAUAAUGAUUUUGGGAAUUAUAGUGGGCAGCAGCAAUCAAAUUAUGGACCCAUGAAAGGAGGCAGUUUUGGUGGAAGGAGCUCAGGCAGUCCUUAUGGUGGUGGUUAUGGAUCUGGUGGUGGAAGUGGUGGAUAUGGUAGCAGAAGGUUCUAAAAACUCAACAGAAGAGGGUUGAAUGAAAACUACUUGCCUAUAUGAGGAAUGCCUUGCAUAUCAUCUUAAAUUCGAAGGUUUCUGGCUGGGUAAGACUUAACAGUGUACAGAAAAAACACCUGCAUAUGAUAUCAUUUAGUUGCCCUCUACAUAUCCCAUGCACAUUUUAAGUAUUUCAUCCCUAGCCCAAUUAUGAGUGAUUUUCUUCCUCCUCUCUCCCCUCUCCCAUAUAUGCAUCCAUCAAACUAGCCAUUUUCUUGAUUCUGGAACCAUUUUAAUAGGGAAUCAAGCAUUAUCUUUUAUUUUUCUGUUACAAGGCAGUUUGAGCCCUUUGAAAUAGUCUUAUCAGCCUCAGUCAUUUAUGACAAUCUUGUACAAAAAUUACUGACCAGGAAACUCAUUCACAUAAAAUUUGAAAGGUAUUCAAGGCUUAACAGUAGUGUUGUGGAGAUCAUUAUCUCCAUUUUUUACAUAUGAGAGAACUGAGGCUAAAAUCUGUCUAACCAAUGUCUUCCCAUUAAGCUCUCUGGAAUAAAAGUUAACUUUGCUCUAUAUAAUUAAAGUGAAACAUUGUUGCCAGUCUUUAACAAUUUAGUUUGUUUCUAGGGCCUUUUAAAAGCAAUUUCUUAUAGAAGCAAUUUUUCAAGCACAGGCAUACUUUGUUACUUACGUGUGCCAAGUAUAUUUGGUAUUGAUACAUUUGAUAGAAAUAUUUAUAUCAGUAUACUUGUGCUUGCUAAGCACUUUCUAUAAAGAAAUUGUUUUUAUGUUUAUAUCAAUGAAAACUCAAGGGAAUGUUUUAAUAUCUGGGGCAUUAAGAGUUUCUUAAAACUUAACUUCUGGUUCUUUGUUUCUUCAAUUCACCAUCUCUUAAAAUAAUUAUGAAAAUUCAACCAGUCUUUUUUGUUAUUCAGAAAUAGAAGCUUGUGUUUUGCCUUUUUAUACUCUGAAACAUUUCUUUAUCCUAUCACUCCACACAAAGGAUUUUUUCCCCUCAUGAUAUAGGCCAAUUCCCAAUCGUGUUUUUAACCCUAAAAAUAUUGUUUUCUAAAAGUACAAAGCUAAUUUUUAGUUACAAAUCAUGUUUGCAUUAAAUGAAGUUAUGUUGGUAUGAUUAAAUUUUAAAAUACACAUUUGUAAACAUUCUUUGUAGAAUUCUUAACCAGCAAUUAAUUCUUAUUCAGAUUUUACUGUGCCCACUCCUACUUCCCCAGGCUGUUUAAAUAAUUUUUACUAAUCUUUUGUGGAAAAUGUUACAUUUUACACAUUUUCCCUGCCCCCUUUUCCAGAGAAGUAACCUGACUCUUCUCUUUUUAAAAGUAGAACAAAAUAACAUUUUUCAUAAAGUGAAAGUUUGAUAUUUUUAGUAAAAGGUAACAAUAUUGCUUUCCUAAAGUACUUAGAUUUUCAUGGUUGAGAUUUUACUUAAGUACUUCAUGUAUACAUUGUAUCUUAAGGUUUCUUCCUAAAAAUAAAAAGCUAUAUGGAAGUUGGGGGAUACAAUUCCUUUUUAAAGGUGUGAGCUAAUAGGAAUUUAGCCAAAUUGUGACUCAGGUACAAAUGAAUUGGUAAUAAAAAUUUUAUUAACCUCCUACAGGUGAGUAAUUCUCCAAAAAUUUACCUGAAUUUAUAAUGAAUGCACUGAAAAUAAACACAUUUUGGGGGUCCAUAUUAAUAGCAAUAUAAACAAAAGAGCAAAGAAAGUUCUUAAUGAUCUUCAAUAAUUUUUUUCACUUGGUUUAGUGGUUUCAUUUCAUCAGGAAUUUUGGUUUGCCUAGACAACAUGGUAAAGAAUAACAUGAAUGUUUUCAAGCAAACUUGUUUUUUGAAAACUGAAAAGCAAUCAAAUAUUUAACUUCUGGGUCUGUUUCUAAUUAUAAUGAACACAAGUUUUAACAAGCAAAUAUACACAUUGAAUAACUGGAUUCAAAACUUUUGGAUGUGUUUCACUGGAAGGAGUGGGGCACUGGGACUUUAACUAGAGUGUUUGGUGGGAUCUGUAGUAUCUCUAGGGUAACAAUUGACCAAGAAAUCUUGAUUUAUUCCUAUACAAAUUUCUACUAUCCUAAAACAACAAAAAAGUCUUUUAAAAGAAUUUCCUACUGAGGAGACUCCUAGUUUGGCUAUUUGAUGCCAAGCUAACAAAUAGUUCAAACUAUUGCAGGACUAUAUACAAACAAUGGUGCAGACAACUUUGUUUUCAAAGAUGGCAAUUAAGUGCUGCUGUUGCAGCAGGUGACGUUUCUAAAAUGGCAGGGUUUUUGUCGGGACACUACACUGCUUAUUUACUUGGGAUUAGGAUUAUUGUGUAAACUGAAAUUUUAUACAAAUACUUUAGAAACUUGAUAAUCUGUUAGUAAUUUAAAAGGGAUUGCUUAUAAUGCAUUGAAAUGCUUGUAACAACAAUGUAUAUAGAACCACUUUUUCAUUAAAAUCUUUUUGUAAAAUGUG